AUGUCUGACAGUGAUUCGGAUCCAGAGGAGGAGCUUUUUUAUCAGGCAACAGAACAUGUGGCCAAACAGUCUACGAACAUUGGCUCCGCGGAUCUGCUGCUCUUCUACGGUUACUACAAGCAGGCCAUGGAGGGUCCUUGCGAGGAGCCAAGUCCCGGGCUGCUCCAACUGAAGGCCAGGAGUAAGUGGCAGGCCUGGCGAAAUCUCGGAAAAAUGUCCCACUCCUCUGCCAGGCAGGCCUACGUGCAGAAACUUCAAGAGCUCCAGCCGAACUGGCGUUCCCGGCGUAAUCCCGGCUGGGUGGUGCACUCCAUUCAGUCCGCUCCCCUGGAGGAUCGGCGUAUGGACAGCGAAAAAACUCUUUUUGACCACGUGAAGGAAAACAAUCUGAACAGGCUAAAGGAACUGCUGGCCCCCGGAGAUCUGGAGAGGCUAGACGAGCACGGUAUGGCCCUCAUCCAUUGGGCUACCGAUCGCAAUGCCGUGGAGAUCAUUCAGUUUCUUGUAAAUAGUGGGGCUAGUGUGGAUCAACGGGACGCAGAGUUGCAGACACCUCUGCACUACGCCGCCAGUUGUGGACAUCAGGAGGCGCUGGUUUGCCUAUUGGAGCUGCGGGCCAAUCUAGAUCUAUGUGAUUCGGAUGGACAGACCUGCUACGACGUGGCCGAAGAUGAUCAAAUUUGCCAGCUACUUCAAAAGGAACGAGAGCGCCUAACUGGAUCUGCCUCCUAAUGCUGAACACUAUUAAAUCUUAAGUAGUUCGGUUUUAUUUCUCAAAUGCCCUCUAAUGUGUUGUGAGCCAUUGUAAAUCGACGAAAAAUCCACUUUAAACUUGAUUGGAAAGCAUUGUUAUUUUUAAAAGGUGAAACCCCUAUCCAUAAAUUCAAAUGGUACGUUUUUUAACAUUAUAAGUUGUUAAGUUCCUCUCUGAAAUCAUAUUAACAUUUGCCACGAUAUGUCAACUAUUAAAAACAUACAAACUAUAAAUAUAUUUCCUGAGGAAAUUAUCCAAUCGCAA